CGCCUUGCAUAUUUAUUCAGAUUCUUUUUCCUUUAAUAUCAGUACAAUGUGAUAAAAAUUAUUUGGUUGCAAUAAAAAUUCGCGGCCAUAGGUAUACGUAAAAAACAAUCGCGGUCGUUUUUAUCAUCGUAGGAAAUGUGAUAAGAAGCGGUUCCAUCCUGUCACCGUUAGUUAAAUAACGAAUUAUUUUCUUAGUUUUCAAUUCGAUCUAUCGGAUGAAACGUUAAAAUGGCGGUGAUUAAAAAGAAAAUUAAACGCGUUGAGUCGAAUAAUACGUAUUUGCCGCACAAAAUUAGAUCUCAUCCGUUCUACUGCAUUAAUUUGCCUUUGAGAGUAACCGUUUUAUUCAUUUUUUAUUGGAUUGUAUUAGUUCCUGUGCUCUAUUACAUAUUUUCAACAUAUGUACCAGGUUUUGUUGCCAAUACCCUACCUUAUUUCCUUGUGAUGUUUGUUGUGUUUUUAAUAAUAAUGGGCAUUUUUGUUAAAGAAUGGAGAAGUAAAGCACACACUGAGAAAAAAGGUAUUUAUUACAUCAAAUAUGAAACGCCAGAUUCGGUAGACAAUUUGGAAGUAAAACAAUCUAUAAUAGAUAUCGAACGACAACCACAAGAGGUAAUAUUACGUAAAAAAAGCAGAGAAAUGAUAUUCUUGUGCGACAGAAGACAAAUCAUUGAAAAUCAGAGAAGCUUAUUAAUCGAAGAAAUCAAAGACACAAUAUAUCAAAGAGAAAAUAAACCAGAAAGGCCUACAAAUAUACGAAUUGAAGAAACAGUUAGACCAGUUUCACAAACCGCAAACUCCCCUUUAACUCCUAGAGAAUUAUUCUUUCUCGAUAUGUACGAAUAUGCUAAAGCAAUGCGCGAUGUAACCGAUGAAUUUAUACGAAAAGAAAGGUAUUAUUAUAUUGCCAGUGGUCCUGUUUCUCGUUCAUAUUCUUGCAGUGAAAGUUCAAGUGAUACUCAAGUUAUUGAAAGUCCUUCAUCAUAUGAAUAUCCUGAUAAUAACCGUUAUAUUCGAGGAAAAGAUACUCAAGUCUUUGAAAGUCCUUCAUCAUAUCAAUAUCCUGAUAAUGACCGUUAUAUUCGAGGAAAAUUUUAUCUUGAUGAUGAAGAUUAUCCUAAGAGCUUAAAGGAACAAUCCAAAGAAAGUCAGUCUCCCGUAUCCUCUGACCAUUCAAAUCUGUUAAAAGUACUUGAAAAUUUAUCUGCUGACAAGAAUGGAAACGGUAGUCCGUAUAGCCGUUUUGAAAUUAAAGAAGUUGACAACGAAAGGUAUCCUAAAAGGGUGAGUUAUACGAUAAAGGAACAACAGCUCCUACAACAGCAACCCAUAAUGAACAAACCUGUACCUAAUUAUGAUUUAAACAUUUUAAAAGUACUAAAAGAAUAUUCCACCGAUAAUGACGGGCAAUUUGUUCCUCGUGGUCGCAUUGAAGUUAAAGAAAUUAAGAAAGAAAGGGAGUAUUUCAUUGCUAAUGUGGUUCCUCAGGAAAGUUGCGUCACCGAAGCCUUUUUGUAUGUGGAUGAAAUAAAAAGUGAUAAAAAACCGAAACAAAUUGUUGCAAAAUUUCGGGAAAGUUUUUAAUUCAUAUUGAAUAUUUUAUUAUUCCUUAUAUGUUUUUGUGUUGAAAAUAUUUUUCAAAAAAAG